GAUGGGAGACAAUGGAUGUAUAAAAAGACGGACCAGCUAAUGCCCGGGCACUGUGGGUCACGUACAGUCGGCGGUAACGAACCAUCACCCUCCACUCUCCCAACCUCAGACACCAUGAUCAAGGAAAUUGUCCUCGCUUUGGCCGUUUUCAGUUGUACUACUUCCGCACAACGAAAUUUAGGCCUUCUAUUGGCUCUUAGCUCUGGCGAUGUACAAGGAAACCCAAUGGCUUUGAUGGCUUUAUCCGGAGCCGGCGGUGCCGGUGGUAGUGGAGUUGGGUCCAUGAUGAUGCGCCUCCUUAACAAUCCAUACACUCUUUGCAAAGAAACUGAAGGAGUUAAAGCCAUCCCUUGCCGCACCGGAAACAUCUGUAACUUGCUUUCAAUCAGACAAUACCGUAUGCCAAACCUGAUGAAAUGUAGUCCUGCUGGCAUUGGUUGUUGUCUGAAGGACUAUAUGUCACUACAGCUUAGCAAAAUGAUGAACUGAGAAAAUCAGAGGUUAUCUUUCUGCAUACCAAAUACACAGAAGGAUGCACCAACGCCUGAAAAAGAACUACUAUUUAUUUUCUCUCCGUUGUGCAGUUUUUCUUUAUCAUUUCACUUAAUACCAAUUUCAUCCUAAACGGUACUUCAACACUUUGUUAUUGCGGGUAAAGAGAAAUUCAGAGCCACGUUCGAUAACCAAUUGUUCGCAAGACCAAAUGUCUCUCCUUCGUAUCAUGUGAGAAUGUGAUGGGAUCCACAUUUUACGACGUGUAUGAUUGUUGCCAAUAAAAUACGAAAAUACA